UGAUAUUUUUCGGUUUUAUUCGUAACGAUGUUUCGAUGUUUCCUCAAAUAUUCCAGGUACCUUAAUCCCGGAGGUGUAUCAUCAGUCUUGGCUUUUUAAAUAGUCCUUAUUCACCUCGCAUUGGUCGAUUCCCCCCUUUUUCCCCUUGCAGUCAAGGUCGGAUUCCCCAUGUAUAACCACACAAUCAGAUCCGACUGGUUCGUAUUGUUACUCGUAAGCGGUUGCGUUUUAGCCAAACUCCACGAUCUUCAAUCUCCGAGAAUAGGCAGACCAAAACUACAGUCAGGCAAGCAAGAGACUGUCGGAACUAUCUCGCGCUAAUUUGACCUAGAAUCUCCUUUUUACUUAAUCCUCUUUGUUUCCUCUCUUCUUCUUCCUCUUCUUCUACCUUAACUUCUCCUAUUUUCAUACUUAAUAGCAACAACCUUUCCUGUUGUUGUGGUUCUUAAAUAAGGCUGUACUAAGUCCUCUCAACUCUACUUUACCUAGUCUUGUUCAACUUCUCUUAGUCUAUUACUCUUUUGCUACUCUGUAGCCUAUUCAAUACAAUUAUAGUCUUAAACUUAACAUAAUGGCUCCUGAUAUCGAUUCUAUGCCUCGUUCGGGGCCAACGCCUAACGGUUCUCACCAAACGGCAGCCCCAGCAACCAACGGUGUUAAUGGCACCAAUGAAUCUUCUGAGAAACUCCCAAACAUCCUUUUCCUCAUGGCGGAUCAAUUGGCUGCCCCCCAACUAAAGAUGUACAACCCAGAAUCACAAAUCAAGACUCCUAAUCUUGAUGGACUAGCAGCAAAGUCUGUUCAGUUCGACUCGGCUUAUUGCCCUUCGCCACUUUGCGCUCCUUCGCGCAUGAGCUUGAUCUCUGGUCAAUUACCCAUGAAGAUCGGGGCCUACGACAAUGCUUCACAAAUAGGAAGCGAUGUGCCUACUUACGCGCAUUACUUGCGUCUUAAGGGUUACCACACUGCUCUAGCUGGUAAAAUGCACUUUGUCGGAGAUCAACUCCACGGCUACGAGACUCGUCUUACUAGCGAUAUCUAUCCUGGAGAUUUCGGUUGGGCUGUCAACUGGGAUGAACCGGAUAGACGAUUGGAGUGGUACCAUAACUCAAGUUCUAUUCUCCAAGCGGGAGCUUGUGUUCGAAGCAACCAAUUGGACUAUGAUGAGGAAGUUAUGUACAAAUCUACUCAAUUCUUGUACGACCAAGUUCGUGAGGGCCCGGAUAAGCGACCUUUUUGCUUGACGGUCUCACUUACUCACCCCCACGACCCCUACACGAUCGAGGAGAAGUACUGGGAUCUAUAUGAAGAUGUUGAUAUCGCCUUACCAAAGGUUAAGAUACCCAAAGAAGAACAAGAUGCGCACAGCAAGAGAUUGAUGAAAGUGUGCGAUCUCUGGGAUGAGAACUUCACAGAUGAUCAAAUCAAACGAGCUCGGCGAGCAUACUAUGGUGCCGUCAGUUACGUUGAUGAUUGCAUUGGGCGCAUUCUUCGCGUAUUGAAGAAUUGCCGUCUAGACGAAAACACGAUCGUCGUCUUCAGUGGAGACCACGGUGAUAUGCUCGGGGAACGUGGACUUUGGUAUAAGAUGAGUUACUUCGAGUCAUCCGUACGAGUACCUCUAUUGAUCUCCGAUCCCCGACGGUUCACCCCUCAUCGGGUUACACAGAACGUGUCAACUCUGGACAUCCUUCCGACGCUAUGCGAUUUGGUGGGAACGCAACCGAUACCCGGCCUGCCGAUGGACGGUCUUUCUCUACUUCCCCACCUUGAGGGAAGAGAGGGUCAUGAUACCGUGAUCGCCGAAUACACAGGUGAAGGAACCAUUAGUCCUUACAUGAUGAUUCGAAGGGGACCUUGGAAAUACAUCACAUGUCCAACCGACCCCCCACAACUAUACAACCUUGAACGAGAUCCUCUUGAGCUUGUCAACUUGGCGCAGCUCGUAAACAAGACAGAAGCAUUGACGCCUGAAGAAGAAGAAUCCAAGGCCAAGUUUGAGAAAUUCGAGGCCGAAGCAAAGGCACGUUGGGACUUCGAAACCAUCACUCAACAAGUAUUGUUGUCACAACGGACACGAAGACUUGUGUGGGAUGCUUUGAACAAGGGCAAAUUUGAAGCGUGGGAUUAUAACCCAGGCGACAACGGCACUUCCAAGUACAUCCGAUCCUUCUUACCUCUUGACGAUCUAGAGCGUAGGGCUAGAUUCCCACCUGUUGAUAAGUACGGCCGGGAAGCUAGAGAUGUGUUCAUCGACCAAGCCGGCUCGCAUGGUGAAUAAGUCGGCUACGCUUAUCUAACCGCUCUUACGUUAUGAAAAAUGAUACAGGCCUUACACUAGGCGGGGGGUUAUUGAAUUGGGGGGCAUUAGGUGGUGAUGCAUUUUCGCAAGGCGUCCACACAUAUUUGAGGACUACCUUUAUUAUUAGGUAAAUUUUGCGGUGACAUUUGGGACUAUUCAGGGAUAUUUUAGCGAUGAGUUAUGGGCGCAUGAUAUUAUU